UCCCUCAAAUUGGACUAUAUGAUGGAACUUUAGAUCCCGACUCACACCUCGGUCAUUAUACCUCAUGGAUGGAUCUGCAUGGAGCAUCGGAUGCACUUCGGUGUCGUAUGUUUUCUCUCACGCUGGGGCCUCGAGCCCAAAAAUGGUACCAUUCUCUCCCUCCUCACUCUAUUUGGAAAUGGCAACAAUUGAGGUCGGCUUUCCGAUCUCAUUUCAUCGGGGCUCAAGUCUGCCUAAUCCCAAAAGAAUCUCUUGCAAAUGUCACUCAAAAAGACGAUGAAAGUGUCAAGGAUUAUAUUGCCCGAUUUAAUGACCGAGUUCAGAAUAUGGAACCUUGUCAUCCUGAAACUCUGCUUGUCAUGGCUAUCGCUGGGCUAAAACCGAACUCAAUUUUCCGCUGGACACUAUGCCAAAAUAAACCGAAUACUUUUCAAGAAUUUCUCGCUCGAGCUCAGCAACAUAUUAUAGCUGAGGAAGCCAUGUCGGUCCCCGACUUUAACUUUAAUCCGAAGUCAUCUAAGGCAGGAACCGAUGAGAAGAAAAAGAACAAAUAUUUUGAAAGACAAAACAAGACUCAGUUCAGGGGGCCUCCCCGGGGAGAUCCCAACGAUCCUGAACCUAUCGGCGAGAUCACUUUACCUGUCAGAUUCGGCACUUCGGAGAAUGUCACUAAGCUCGUCAUGGAAACUUUCAAGAUUCUGGAUAUCAAUAAUGAAUACAAUGCCAUCAUCGGCAGAACUGCCUUGUAUAAACUUCGAGCUGCAGUUUCGAUUUUUCACUAUGCUCUGAAGUUCCCGACUACACGAGGAGAAGGGACACACUUCAGGGACCAGAGAGAAGCUCGAGAACUUAUUACAUUCAUACCAUCUAGCGGCGUCCAUUCCACCUCGACAAACAACUCUCCAUCACAAAGCGUCUCAAACGACACGACGUCCGAAGAACCGAACAACCACGUCGGUGAUCCUUCCACCUCGGAUCCUUUGACCGAGGACCAAGGUCGCCGACCUGGAAAGGAGCCACUUCUUGAAGAGGAUGAGUUGGACCCUAGAGCCUUGUUUAAAGAAAAAAGCCGAAGUGAUCGAGCCGAACCUGGAGAAGACAUAGAAUUGAUCUAUAUCGAUGAACCAGUCUUCCACAAAUCAUUGCGUAUUGGAAGCCAUCUUCAAGAACCUCUUCGGUCAGAACUUAUCUCGUUUCUCAAACACAAUUAUGAUGUUUUCGCUUGGAAGCACGAAGAUAUGAAGGGUAUCGACCCCAGUGUCGCUAGUCACAAGCUGAACCUCUAUCGAACCAUCCGGCCUGUUGUGCAAAAGAGAAGAAAACUGGGGCCGGAUCGUCAGAAGGCGUUGGAAGAAGAAGUCAAAAAACUCAUCGACAACAAGUUCAUCAAGGAAGCCAAAUACCCGACGUGGGUCUCAAAUCCUGUUCUUGUCAAAAAGAGCAAUGGGCUAUGGAGACUGUGUAUCGAUUUUUCCGACCUGAACAAGGCGUGCCCGAAGGACAGUUAUCCGCUUCCUCACAUAGAUUAUAUGGUCGAUGCAACGUCGGGACAUGAGUUGAUGAGUUUCAUGGAUGCUUACUCGGGCUAUAAUCAGAUUCCUAUGGAUCCUGAAGAUUCUGAACACACCUCAUUCUAUUCGGCCCGAGGCUUGUACUGUUAUACUAUGAUGCCGUUUGGGUUAAAGAACGCCGGAGCCACAUAUCAACGUCUCGUCAACAAAAUGUUCGCUACACUGAUCGGUCACACUAUGGAAGUUUAUGUUGAUGACAUGCUCGUCAAGUCGGUACACGCCUCUGAUCAUAUAACGCAUCUUCAAGACAUGUUCGCCAUCCUCCGAUCUUAUUCCAUGGUCUUAAAUCCUAAGAAAUGUACUUUUGGAGUUGAAUCUGGAAAAUUUCUGGGCUAUAUGGUCAGCCAGCGCGGAAUCGAAGCCAAUCCGGCCAAAAUAAAGGCCAUCCAAGAUCUGACUCCCCCGACCUCGGUUAAAGGUGUUCAGGCCCUAACCGGUCGACUUACUGCACUCAACCGGUUCAUCUCCAAGUCUACAGAUCGUUGCAGACCCUUUUUCGAAGCAAUCAAAAAAGGAAAACGUUUUGAAUGGACCGAGGAAUGCCAAAAAGCUCUCGUUAGCAUCAAGGAGACGCUUGCCUCUCCGCCGACUUUACAAAAGCCAAAACCUGACGAAAUGUUGUUCUUAUAUCUCGGAGUCAGUGAUUCUGCCAUUAGCGCUGUUCUAAUACGUGAAGAAGGACUGUUGCAAUCGCCUAUCUAUUAUGUCAGCAAAGCCUUGCACGAUGCCGAACUGCGUUACCCUCCGAUGGAAAAGUUGGCGUUUGCACUUGUAGUGGCAGCCCGAAAAUUGCGACCUUAUUUCCAAGAACAUUCUAUAACUGUUCGCACUUCGUAUCCACUUCGGCAAAUCCUGCACCGACCUGAUACCUCGGGACGCAUGGUCAAAUGGGCCAUUGAGCUCGGACAAUUCGACAUCCAUUAUCAACCGAGGACCGCGAUCAAGGCUCAAGCCUUAUCUGACUUCAUCGCCGA